AUGACUAACAAGAAGAACAAGCAGGCAAAGAAAAAGCAAACUCAGGCCAAUGGGGUCAAUGGGGUCACCAAAGAUGAACAAAUAAUAAUAGAUCCUCCGCAGAGCCCAAUAAAGUCUGACGGACCAUCCUCACCUCCCCCCUCACCUCUCAAACCUGCGGUAGCUUCACCAUCAGCACCAGCUAAGCCGGCCAACAAUACUGCACAAGCGGAAAAGCGUAAAGAGGAAGGUAAUGUUGCGUUCAAAGCUAAACGAUAUGGAGAAGCUAUCGAUUUGUAUACCAAAGCCAUCGCGCAUGUUGUGCCAGAUUUGAAUCCUUCUGAGCCAGCCUUCCUGACAAACCGUGCUGCCUCAUACAUGGCAUUGAAGCGCUUCCGACUGGCGCUGAGCGACUGUCAGCAAGCAGCUACUCUCCAGGCCGAAUCUCCGUCAUCUAAAACCCUCAUCCGCCUUGCUCGUUGUCAAUUUGCCCUAGGAUCUUCUUCUCCUGCUCUAUCAACUUUGCGCACGGUCCUGGCCCUCGAACCACAAAGCCAAAAUUGCAAAACGCCAGCGCGAAAAGAACUUGGCAUGGAAUGGGGUAUGGCACGACUGGCCCUCGAUAAAUGCUUGCAAAGUAUUGACGGAGAAGGUGGUGAGAUACCCACGGAGUGGCGUUUGUCGAGAGUGGAACUUGAACUGGCCAGGGGAAGUUGGGAAGCAGCCAACAUUGCCGCAAAUGAUGCAUAUCGACUUGAGCCCAACUCGCCGGAAGUGCUAGCUCUUCGGGGGUUAGUAUUUUUCUUAUGCGGUAAAUUACCUCAAGCCCUUCAGCAUGUGCAAUCAGCCCUGCGAUUAGAUCCAGCACAUGAACCUGCACAGCGGCUAAGAAAACGUGUGAAAGAUGUGGAAAGACUCAAAGAAGAAGGUAAUCAAGCUUUCAAAUCAAAUAGAUUAGAAGAAGCGAUCGAAAAGUACACCGAGACCUUGGAGAGAAUAGGUAAUUCAGAAGAAGAGGGAAAAGGUGGACAGAUCCGUGCAACGCUACUUUCAAACCGUGCCACAACACUAGUCAAGCUAUCACGCCAUGAAGACGCUCUAGUAGAUACAGAGGAAUCUUUGAAAUUGCUACCAACGUCUUUCAAAGCUCUUCGCACUCGAGCUCGCAUUAAUCUACACUUGGAAAAAUUCGAUGCGGCGGUAGCGGAUUUUAAAACAUCAAUAGAGCAAGCCGGGUUUGAAGGUAGCGACGCUGAAGUGCGUGCUCUUCAAGUGGAGCUCAAGAAGGCCGAAGCUGCGCUCAAGCGGAGCAAGACGAAAGACUACUAUAAAAUUCUCGGUAUACCCCGAGACUGCUCGGAGGCAGAAAUAAAGAAAGGUUACCGCAGAGAAAGUUUAAAACACCACCCAGACAAGGGAGGAGACGAAGAGAAAUUCAAGUUGGUAGUAGAAGCAAACGCCGUUCUGUCUGAUCCCCAGCGGCGACAACGAUACGAUAUGGGCGAAGAUGAAGACGGCCAGAACGAUUCUGGAAUGGGCGGUAUGGGCGGUAUGAAUCCGAUGGAUUUUGCAGAGGUAUUCGCCCAGAUGCAUGGCGGAGGUUUUGGCAGAGGAGGGGGUGGCGGGCAUUCAUAUUCCUACUCCAAUUUCGGAGGAGGACCAAGGGGCCAUUCGCACGGAUUUCAUUUCUAG